ACAAGGGGGCGGAUCUUGCUGAAACCUAAUAAAAGCACAUCUCAGCUAAUAGCGGUAAUUACACAAAGCCUGUGCAGACAGUGGGGUGCGUUCUACAGCUGUUUUCUUUCCGUUAAUCAGUUUGGUAAAUAAGCUGAUAGGUACCUUGUGCAGGCUUGAAUCACUUGUGUGCAGGAAGAAAACUUCUACCCGCAGAUAUGAUAUUUUAAAUCAGGGAGAUGAGAGAACUAUAUAAUCAGUUUUAAAAAUUAUAAUAAUCUGUUGUAUGGCAAAUGUGUGGUGGGAGGUGCCAUUUUAUUAGUUUGUGGGUUUUUUUUUUUUUUCUUUCCUGCAUUUUAGGCUUCAGCUGUGGUUCACUUGAGUUCAGUUCUUCAGCCACUGAGAUUCACUUCAGUAAUGUGCCAGAAGACUUUUCAGUAGUAAAUGUAACUGAUUUGAGCGGCCACAUCAUUCACCAGAGUUCCCCACCUGCCUCCAACAGGACUGUUUCAUUUAGGGAGCUCCUGCCUGGGACACGCUAUCUUUUCAGCUUUUCAAAUGGCUCCAGUACCUGCUGUGAACAAGUGCAAACAAAACCCAGUCCUGUAUUGGAUAUUGAAGCUGUUUCCAUCGGUCCAACAAAUGUGACCCUAACCUGGAAAAACAGUGACACAGAUGCUUCUGAGUACACGUAUAACGUAACGAAUGAGAUGGAACAUUGGCUGGUGAAUCAGACGAGGGUUACCAUCACAGGCCUAAGUCCAGCGACCUCAUAUACGUUCUCCAUCACUCCAGGAAUAGGCAAUGGGACUUGGGGAGAUCCCAAGGCCAUAAACGUCACAACAGAGCCUAGUCCAGUUUCUGGUCUUCGCGUUACCUUCGUUGGCACGAGGAAGGUUGGCCUUUCCUGGAGCAAUGACAAUGGCACUGCCUCCUGCCGGCUGCUUCUUAAAGGCCGAGAGGAAUUGACUCGGCACUCAGCAGUCAACAUUUCAUGCCUGAAGCCAGGGGGUCAAUACAACAUCACCGUGGAUCUUCCAGAAUCGAAUGAGACACAGAGACACGCCCUGCCUAUAGAAAGGGGCUUGGAUGCCAACAGCACAGAGAGAGGCCUGGCGGAGAGCUGGCCCCAGCCGUGCGGCGGCCCCGGUGCCCCUGUGCGUGACGAGAGCCUCCCCGGGCGUGCGGACCCGUCCUCUGGCCAGCAGUCCCAAGACACGCACGUCCUGCUCGCCGGGCUAAAGCCUGGCACUCAGUAUGAGGCCGUUGUUUAUUCUCAAGCAGCAGAUGGCACAGAAGGGCGCCCUGAGAACAUACCCUUCAGGACAAAUGCCAGUGUGGUUUUUGACGUCACAGUUGUGAACAUCAGUGCCACAAGCAUGACCCUGACCUGGAAAAUCAGUGACGAUGAGUCGUCCUCCGUCUAUACCUAUGAGAUACACGUGGCUGGGGAGGACACGUCCUUCUGUCUCAAUGAGACCGUCAGUGAGACGCACGCCGUCAUCUCUGGACUCAGCUCGAGCACCCUCUACAACGUCACGGUGCGCGCUGUCCUGGGCGACGCCGAGGGCACACCGGGCUUCCUCCAAGUGUACACCCCCCCUGGUCCAGUUGCCGACUUUCGAGUGACAAUGGUUGGCACAAGGGAAAUUGGCUUAGCUUGGAGCAGCAAUGACACUCAUUCCUUCAAGAUAAACAUCACACAGGAUGGAGCUGGAACAUCUUGGGUGAAAACAACCACCAACCAAAGUAUUAUCAUUGAUGGCUUGUACCCUGGAACCAAAUAUCGUUUUGAAAUAUUUCCACAAGGACCAAAUGGGACCGAAGGGGCAUCUCAAACAGUUUACAACAGAACUGCCCCCAGCGCAGUGUUCGACAUCCACGUCGUCCGGGUCACCACCAUGGAGAUGGAGCUGGAGUGGGCGAGCGAGGACAGCGCGUCUGAGUACGUCUACCACGUGGCCGUGCAGUCCCAGCACGGCUCUAACCGCACGAGCACGUCCCACAAAGGGGUCACUCUCGGGCAGCUGGUCCCCGGCACAUUGUAUAACAUCACAGUCUCUCCUGAGGUGGACCAUGUCCGUGGGGACGCCAACUCCACUGCGCAGUACACACGGCCCAGCGAAGUGUCCAACAUUGAAAUAAGCACCAACACCACAGCGGCAGCCUUAAGGUGGAAUAACUCCGAUGAAGCCUCUGCCACGUACUCCUACCGCCUUCUUAUUGAGCAAGUUGGAAAUUCCAGCAGUGCCACCCAGGUGGUCUCGGCCAUUGGAGUCACUUACGCUGCAGUCACUGAAUUAACACCUGGCUCAUCUUACAAUGUGGAGAUCUUUGCACAAGUGGGGGAUGUUACCGAGUCCCUGGCACCCGGGAGGGAGUCAUUCUGUACAGAUCCCGCAUCUGUGGCCUCCUUCCACUGUGACGUGGUCUCCAAGGAGCCAGCCUUGGCUCUCCGAUGGGCCUGCCCUCCUGGUGCCAAUGCAGGCUUCAAGCUGCAGGUCAGCAGCGGGGCCUGGGACAACACGACGCACCUGGAGAGCUGCUCCUCCGAGAAUGGCACCGAGUACAGGACGGAAGUCACCUAUUUGAAUUUUUCUACCUCGUACAACAUCAGCAUCACCACCGUGUCCUGUGAAAAGAUGGCAUUUCCUGCCCAAAACACCUGUGUCACUGGCAUCACAGACCCCCCUCCUCCAGAUGAAUCCCCUAACAUUACAUCUCUCAGCCACAAUUCCAUAAAGGUCAAAUUCAGUGGAUUUGAAGCCAGCCAUGGGCCCAUCAAAGCCUACGCUGUCAUUCUCACCACUGGGGAAGCUGGUCACCCUUCUCCCGACGUCUUGAAAUAUACGUAUGAGGAUUUCAAAAAGGGAGCCUCGGACACUUACGUGACAUACCUCAUCAGAACAGAAGAAAAGGGACGUUCUCAGGGCUCGUCUGAAGUCUCAAAAUACGAAAUUGACGUUGGGAACGAGUCGACCACACUUGGCUAUUACAACGGGAAGCUGGAACCGCUGGGCUCCUACCGGGCGUGUGUGGCUGGCUUCACCAACAUUACCUUUCACCCUCAGAACUACGGGAUCAUCGAUGGGGCUGAGAGCUAUGUGUCCUUCAGUCGCUACUCAGAUGCCGUUUUCUUGCCCCAGGAUCCAGGUGUCAUCUGUGGAGCCGUGUUUGGAUGUAUCUUCGGUGCCCUGGUGAUUGUGGCCGUGGGAGGCUUCAUCUUCUGGAGAAAGAAAAGGAAAGAUGCAAAGAACAAUGAAGUGUCCUUUUCUCAAAUUAAACCUAAAAAAUCCAAGUUGAUCAGGGUGGAGAAUUUCGAGGCCUACUUUAAGAAGCAGCAAGCCGACUCCAACUGUGGGUUCGCAGAGGAAUAUGAGGAUCUGAAGCUUGUUGGAAUUAGUCAACCUAAAUAUGCGGCUGAACUGGCUGAGAAUAGAGGGAAGAAUCGCUACAAUAACGUCCUGCCCUAUGAUAUUUCCCGCGUCAAACUUUCCAUCCAGACCCACUCAGCUGAUGACUACAUCAACGCCAACUACAUGCCUGGCUACCACUCCAAGAAAGAUUUUAUUGCCACACAAGGACCUUUACCCAACACUUUAAAAGAUUUUUGGCGUAUGGUUUGGGAGAAAAAUGUGUAUGCCAUUAUUAUGUUGACCAAAUGUGUUGAACAGGGAAGGACCAAAUGUGAAGAAUACUGGCCCUCUAAGCAAGCUCAGGACUAUGGGGACAUAACUGUGGCAAUGACAUCAGAAGUUGUUCUUCCAGAGUGGACCAUCAGAGAUUUCACAGUGAAAAGUAUCCCAACAAGUGAAAGUCAUCCCCUGCGACAGUUCCAUUUCACCUCCUGGCCAGACCAUGGUGUUCCCGACACCACUGACCUGCUCAUCAACUUUCGGUACCUCGUUCGUGACUACAUGAAGCAGAGUCCUCCUGAAUCGCCAAUUCUCGUGCAUUGCAGCGCUGGGGUUGGAAGGACGGGCACUUUCAUUGCCAUUGAUCGUCUGAUCUACCAGAUAGAGAAUGAGAACACUGUGGAUGUGUAUGGGAUUGUAUAUGACCUUCGGAUGCACAGGCCCUUAAUGGUGCAGACAGAGGACCAGUAUGUUUUCCUCAACCAGUGUGUUUUGGAUAUUAUUAGAUCCCAGAAAGACUCAAAAGUAGAUCUCAUCUACCAGAACACAACCGCAAUGACAAUCUAUGAAAACCUCGCGCCUGUGACCACAUUUGGAAAGACAAAUGGUUACAUCUCCUAAUUCCAAAGGAAAACCUUUCUGGAGUUCACCAGACCGCCACACCCACAGCAAAGGAGCAUGCCCCGAUGUUGACAUGUUUUUAUAUGUCUAAUAUCUUAAUUCUUUGUUCUGUUUCGUUAGAACUAAUUUUGAGGGCGUGACGCUGCACAUGUAAAACAUGACAAGGAGAAAUUGGGGUUGCCGGGGGUGGGGGGGGGCUGUGGAUGGGUGGUGAGCAAACCAACUGCAUUCCUGAUUACCAAUGGGAUGAGUUCACUUUUUUUUUUUUUUAUGAGAGUUGUGGAAAACCAGGAAAAGUGAGCUAUGAUUUUCUUUUUCUUUUUCAAAACAGGUUCUUUUUUUUUUAAAAAGACUAUUUUAUAUGAUUCACAUGCUAAAGCCAGGAUUGUGUUGGGUUGAAUAUAUUUUAAGUAUCAGAAGUCUAUUUUUACCUACUGUAUCUUGGGAUCUAGCUGAUGGAAAAUACCUAAUUGCGGAUGAUUAUCGUGUAGGGAGGGGCAUGUGUCGCCUCUUCCGAGUGGGUUUUCUAUUUGAACAUGUGCCUUUUCUGAAUUAUGCUUCCACAGGCAAAACUCAGUAGAUGUCUCUAUUUUUGUAUUGAAUCUCAUAAUUGGAAUAUAUGGAAUAUUUAAGCAGUAGCUUAGCAUCAGAGGUUUGCCUUCUCAGUAACAUUCCUGUUCUCGUUUGGUUAGAGGAGGCCUCUCUGCCCCCAAAUCCACUUCUCCCACCCCCCUGUGCAUUUGUGCUCCACUUUUCCUUCCUUUUUCCCCUCCCAGUUUUCUCCAAAGACUCUUCUGUUGGCAACAUUUUGAGCCCAUGGGUUGGGUGGGAAUGGAGACUGAACGUCACCUUGAGAAUCUCUGUGGGUAGGAGUGGGAGAAGCCGAGGGAUCGUAUGGUAACAUAAAUCCUUUUCUUGUCUUUGUUCCAUUCUUUUUCUCAUUUCUGUAUUUGGUAAGAAGGAUUAUUUAAAGGUGCAAUAUGUGACUUAGUGAUUCAUGAUGCUCUAGGUUUUUAGUAACGUUUUACUCAGGUUGGCAUUUUGUAUGUGUCUGUGUAUGUGCGUGUGUGCAUGUGUGCGUGUUGAGUUUAACAGCGUGGCAAUCUGUGAACACUUCAGUGUGAACUCAGUGUCAGAUUAAUCCCUCUUCCCCCAAAGUCCACUGGCUUUAGUCUCUAUCUGCAGUGACACAUAUCGGAAUCUACUGUGUGUGUGUGUGUGUGUGUGUGUGUAUAUAUAUAUAUAUAUAUAUACACUAAACUCUCCAAAACAGUCAUUCCUAUGAAUCGAGGUGUACAAAGUUUGAAUUUGUAUCAAAGAUGUAAUUAUUAUUUUUAAAACCUCUUUUCACUAUACUGCUGCUGUAAUUACUUUGAUAUUUUUUAAAUGUAGAUUAAUUUUUUUUUUUUUUUUUGCUUCAGGUGUGUAUGCACCAAGCAUUUCAGAAUUUAUGUGGGUUUAUUUUAUUGGUACAUAAUCUGUAAACUUCUCAAGGCAUUACAUGAAAGGAUUUGUUUCUUUUUAUUUUA